UCUUAUGUAUCUCCGGAACAAAUAAUUCUCAUUUUGUUCUUUCAUCUCAGAAAUCCCAAAUAGAGAAAAUUAGCGUUAAAUAUCAAAACCAAUUCAAUUCAUCAACUUUUCUCUUUCCCAAUCCAUUUUCCAAACAGAAAAUACUGAAGAUGGCUCAACACGGUUCACUAGAAGAAUUCUUGGCUGUUGCAGUUGAUGCAGCUAAGAGAGCUGGAGAGAUAAUACGCGAAGGAUUUUACGAGACUAAGCAUGUGGUGCACAAAGGCCAGGUGGAUUUGGUCACAGAGACUGACAAGGCGUGUGAAGAUCUCAUAUUCAAUCAUCUCAAGCAACAAUUUCCAAGUCACAAAUUCAUAGGUGAAGAAACAACUGCUGCCUGUGGAGAUUUUGAGCUAACUGAUGAACCAACUUGGAUAGUUGAUCCUGUUGAUGGAACAACUAAUUUUGUGCAUGGGUUCCCCUCUGUCUGUGUCUCAAUUGGUCUCACAAUUGGAAAGAUUCCGACUGUUGGCGUUGUAUACGAUCCAAUUAUCGAUGAGCUUUUCACUGGAAUCCACGGGAAAGGUGCGUUUCUCAAUGGGAAGCCUAUCAAAGUAUCUUCAAAAUCCGAACUUGUAAAGUCCCUCCUUGGCACAGAGGUUGGAACACAACGGGAUAACUUAACUCUAGAAGCUACAACAAGGAGAAUCAAUAACCUGCUUUUCAAGGUUAGAUCCCUCCGAAUGUGUGGCUCAUGUGCACUUGAUCUCUGUUGGGUGGCAUGUGGAAGGCUUGAUCUCUUCUAUUUAAUUGGAUUUGGAGGCCCUUGGGACGUGGCAGGUGGUGCCGUAAUAGUGAAGGAAGCUGGAGGUGUCCUGUUUGAUCCAUCUGGUUCAGACUUCAACAUUACAGCUCAACGGGUAGCUGCAACGAAUCCUCAUCUCAAGGAUGCAUUUAUUGAGGCGUUGCAGCAGUCAGGAUGAAUAUCGUUGGAAAUGAACGAAGCUCCUGUAUAACCAGAGAAGAAGCUGAUAACGGGUUAAUGCUCUGCGAUACGUUUGGUAGAGAGAUUCGGACUAACUGAAAGCCAGCUAUUAUUUCUCAAUUCUAUCAGAAAAUACUGCAACGAAUAGAGCUCAACUGAAAAAAGAAGAAAACAUAUAGUGGAGGAUAAACUUAUAUACACUGAAUUGCGAAUGCACUAAAUUCUUGACAGUAUUUGGACCUUAUCAUUCACUUACACUCGCUGUUUGCAGAAAUUAUGGUUUUUGUUGGAAUAAUUAUGCACCUGAGUACUUACUUUGUCAAUUUCCAUUCUGCUAAUAGUCUGGUUAUCCUCUU